AUGGUUUUAGAGGCCCUCGGCCAGUCAAGCAGAAAUGAGGUGGAUCUUGAAAGCAAGCCCCGUCUUCAGGAAAACAUCAACAGACCUCCAAAACGGAUAAAACACGUUCAUUUACACAAAUCUACGAAUAAUAAUAAUAAGGGGAAAAUAGGAAAGAAGUCAGAGUCAGAACGUGAACAGGAAGACUCCCCAUCUUUUGGGGAUAUCGUCCCUGCAGAGUUCGGCGAUGACCUAGAUAAUGGACUAUACGCAUCCUUGCCACUGCCAAACGACCAUGAUACGGCCAUAAGGGAAUACACAACUACAGAAAGAUAUCGCAAGUCUAUAUAUGUCGACGCUUUCAAUCUGGCACUAGAUACAGUAUUAAAAGAUGAACUGCACUUGUUUUCCGAUUCCGAACAAGAGAUUUUUGCGAAGUACCGGUCCUUGGAAUAUGAGCCUCAGUUCCUAUAUGUUCGUUUAUUUCUCCGCAAAACAUCGGCUUGGUUCCGUGUAAGGAAACUUGGCUACUACAACGAUAUUUCCGAUAUGGUUUCCGCGUGCAAAACACUUCAAUGUGAUGAAGUUGGAUUUGCUGAAAACGAAAAGGCCAUAACUACUCUUGAAGAAGCUGUUACUCUCUUAAAUAUGGAGGAACUGAAAUUAAUCGCAAAAGAAGCAAAGGCCACUGGCUCAAACAAGGUUGAAUUAAUGGCGGCUUUGAAAAACGCCUCCGGUGGACAAGUUGGGCUCGGAUCUAAGGGGCAACUCGGGCUUAGCUUUGACAAGAAAGGGAAUUAUGUUACUCGCGAUACGCAUUUUGUGAAAAAGAUAUUGGAAAUGACUGGGCCCCUCAUCCGCCUUAAGUCAAGCGCAACAACCCUUUUUGAACGUAUCCACCUCGUAUUCUACCGUUCCUCCGAGUGGACAGAAAAAUCCCUCACUACAAUGAUUCUUGCGCGAACACAACGCCGUAACUUCCCAGAUUAUAUUGUAUCUCGCACAUCCAAUAUCUUUCCUACUCGUGCCUCUCUUCUAGAUUUCGAGGAAAGCAUUAAGAUCCAAUCUUCCGUCGAUGAGAUUCUUGAAAACAAUGGUGCUGCAACAAUGGAAGGCCUCGAGACUGUGAGAACAAUUCUUGAUGGAAUAUAUGAAAAAUGGAAGCGCUUGAUGGCCGAGGACCAGGAAAGAAAACAUGGCAAUGAAGAAGAAGAACUAGAGAAGGUUUAUCUGAGACGCUUCUCAGCAGCUUGGGUCCUGACUCGAGUCGUUCACAAGGGUGAAUACGUUCUUGGUAGGCUCAAAGAUUAUGCACGAGAAUAUGAGGUCCUUAACGCGUUACUUGCUCAACGUGGCCAUCAUCCUGCUAGGAAAGGAGGAUGGUAUCAACGAAGAGCGCUGAUCGAAGAAAAUUACAUGGCCUCUAUCACUCCUGGCCCAACUUCAAAUACAACCCCAGAGGCGAACAAGAAAAUCUGGUUGCGGAAAGCAUUGAAGACAUGCGAGGCGGGAUUACAGGAUCCAGAGACACAUUUAAUCUAUCACUAUGAUCUACAGAAGCGGAUCAUGAAAUUAGAGCCAAGGCUACGUAUCCCGAAAAAAGAUCAACACGAUUUUGGCCAUUCUAGACUAAUACAACCUGAAACCAAGACAAUUAUGGGCGAGAGGAUAUUCCAAGAGAUAGUGGCCAAUGACUCUGCUAUGGGGAGGAAAACGAUUUGGAGAGACGAAAAGGAAGGCGGUGAAUGUAGCGUUGAGGAAAUGUGUCUAUCUUAUUAUCGAAGCGAAGGAUGGAAGGGAUACCACUCAGAGGGGGGGAUUCUCAAGACCCUGUUUGCAUAUUUAUUUUACGAUAUCAUGUUUCUUUAUCUCCCUAAUGUUUUCCAAACCCAGUUUCAAACAUGUCCUUUAGAUCUGUUUACAGACGGAUUCUACCCCGCCCGCUUGAGUGAAAUCAACCAUCGCUUGGCUGAGCUGUCAAAUGGGGGAGCAGCUACUAUUAUUGAGAAUAUUGAUCGGGACCAUAGAUGCAGAAGGACAUGCAUUAUUGGUUUGGAUUGGAGUUUUGCGAAAGAAGAUCUAUUGGAGAUUGUUGACUGUAUUGGCGGGGAUGCAUUGGGCACCAUUUGUAAAGUUUUCUGCCAGGAAUACCGCCAAAGGGCAUCGGGUCUUCCAGAUCUAUUCCUCUGGAACCAUAAAAAGAAAUUGUGCAUGUUUUCAGAAGUCAAAUCCGAGAAUGAUAGAUUAAGCGAUAAACAAAGGCUCUGGAUACACGUUUUGUCUGGUGCAGGUGUGAAAGUGGAACUGUGCGCGGCCGUUGCACGACAAAAAUGA